AGAAUAUUCAAGUAGCCUAGGAGUAGAAGUGAUAGGAGAAGGACAACCACUACCACACGUCGUAGUAAAUUUUGGUAGGAUCAUUGUCAAUAUAUUGCCUCCCUCCAAAAAGCUGCCGAAUAGGUUCAAAUCAUCAUCAAGUGGAGUCAUUCACUCAGAAGAUGGUUUCCUCGAGCCACUCUUCUACGAGUCCUGUUACAACCACUCUCGCGGCUGACAACACAAGUGGAGCUGAUAUGCCGCAAGACCAGCAAGAGGUCGUUCUCGUGACCGGAGGCACCGUUAAGGCUUGGAGAAGCAUCAUCUUGAUGGACGUAUUUCUUGUUAGUUAACAAGCAGGGCUGGGCGUAUUUCUUGUUUGUUAACAAGGGCUGGGCGCAUUUGUUUGUUAAGAGCCUUCUUCUAUUUGAAAGAAGGGAUGAUGAAAACCGUUUCAAUAUAGUACGGGCACAUCAACAACCUUCUAUUUAGAGCCUUCGAUUUGUUAUUUUUAUGAAGGGAUGAAAACGGGCAGCACUGCCAGUGGGAUGCUGAAGAAGAAGGCACAACCAAACGUGGGAUCAUGCUCAGCCACAGGUGGGAUCAUGCUCCACAACUAGAAAGAUGGAUUUCUCCUAGGUAGUAGCUCUAAUACCGGUUUGAUAGGGUAUGCUUUACAGAAGGUGGUAGCAAGAGCGACAGAGCAAGGAGAUAGUGCCAGUUCGAAUGCGUUAUCGAAGUUGACGGGAGAAAAACUGGCAAAACAAAAGUGGGUAUACUUGAGUUCGAAAGUUAUGGAUGAAGAUGCUGCAUUCUGCUUCUUGAGCUAUAAGUUUUUAGAACCAAAGCAGUUCUAGAGGUAUAGAAUUGUUCGCAUGAAAGAGCCUCCAAUUUUUUCAUUCUACCUUGAAGGAGAGAUAACAACAUCUUCGACUGCGCAAGAGAGCUAAGUCCUACCCUAUGCUUAUUCCUUGUCCAUGAACGACGUGCAAAACAGAAGUUUCUUACACUCUUUGGACCUUUUAUCUCCUUCUCCUCUCCACUCUCCUCCAGUAACCCUCAGAACGUUUUCUACCUCCUCGUCUCCACUCUCCUCUGACCCUAAGAACGUUCUACCUCCUCGUCUCCACUCACUCUCCUCUUCUAAGUCUCACGGCAACCUAGUGGACCGAGCUGCAUGCGAAGCCAUUUUUGAGAAGCACAGGCCAACUCAUGUCAUCCAUCUGGCAGCCAAAGUUGGAGGCUUGUUUGCCAAUAUGAAGUAUAAAGUCGAGUUCUACAGAGAAAACAUUCUGCUGAACGACAACGUGAUGGAGUGCUGCAGGAUCUACGGUUAUGGCGGGACUUUCGUUUGUGAUCUUAUUAUUUAUAGCGAAGUUAUCAAGUACUUUCCGCUUUGUUCCUUUGUCAUGUUCGCACUUUUUAAGGUUCAUGAAACAAGUGAAACAAGAAUAGGAUGAAGAUUCAUGCUCCAAUCGACUAACAGCAUCAUCAGGAUCAGCAUUAUAAGAUAUGUCAUCAGCAUUAUAAUAUUUAUAUAAGAUUCGUAAAUCAACACCUUCUUGUUCGAGGUCCUGUCGACUCCUGUUUCAUCUAAGCUCUUGUCAAGAAACUAGUCUCUUGCCUGUCGACGUGUAUCUUUCCGGAUAAAACGUCUUACCCGAUUGACGAAACGAUGGUACACAACGGGGCGCCACAUGAUAUUAAGGCAACCGUGUAUCUUGUGUUUGUGUAGUACCUCUCGUACUAACCUAGAAAAUAUUAAAUAUCAUUCGAUUUGCCUUUUCUAUUUUUUUCAAGAAGACGAUAAAAGCCCCUUUGUCAAGAAGAAAAUGCGCAUUUUUCAGGUAGAAAAAAAAGCGCUCUCGUGAUCAUUUGGAAUACCUCUCGAUCAACAAUCUCUAUCGUGACACAGAUCCAAGCGCCUUUGUGGCUCUAAUUUCCGCAACGUCGGCUAUUCCUACGCAAAACGGAUGAUCGACGUCCUUUCAAAGUGCUACAACGAGGAAUACGGCUGCAAUUUCACGUCUAUCGUGCCUUGCAACAUCUAUGGCCCAAACGACAACUACAGCUUGGAAAGUAUAGACUUUUUUGGAAUGGAUCAUUGUCUCAAAUUAAAUGACGGACACCGUUACGUUUUUCUAUGAUCAUUCUGACACGACCCAAGUCCACCUUUACUAAAGAGCCAAAUAACAACAACGAACUACAACUACAUCUACAGUUUAAAUGCAAAUCACAACAACUCCAUGCAAAUCACGUAACACCAGGUUCACACGUAAUUCCCGGACUCAUUCACAAGUGCUAUACGGCUAAGAAGGAAGGAACGCCAUUCCAGAUCUGGGGAAGUGGAACGCCUUUGCGACAGUUUAUCUAUUCAGAGGACUUAGCCGAGCUUGUUGUCUGGGUCAUGAUGGAGUACUACUUGUGUGACUUCUGUUUUACAACUAGAUUUAGUCGUCGUGUGGGUGAUGCUCGUGGAGUAAGUACUUCUUCCCACACAAUAAACAAGGUACCAUUCCCCAGAAUCCAUUGUCCUGUCGGUUGACGAAAAGGAUGAAGUAACGAUCAAGGACCUAGCCUACAAAGUCGCGAAGGCCAUGAAGUUUGAAGGGGAAGUCGUCUUUGACACUUCAAUUAUGGCGAAAUUAUCGUGUUAGAUGAACCCAUCGAUCUUCUGUUUCUGACACACCAGGAAAUAAAGUAUAACAGAUCAUAUUAUUUAACUUCUACUGUGUCGUCAGGUGUUUUAUCAGGUGGUAGUACUUGAUACUAGUACUGAUUGUAAUUGUACAGUAGUCAUGCUGAGCAGGAGGUGCAGGUGGGGGAUCACUAUGCUGGGGCAAAAGGAGGCUGUUUUCAGGCACUAACUCCACUAGCUUAGGCUGUUUUCAAAAGAAGUUUUUUCUUCCAGUAAUUCCUGAUAACAGAGUAGUUUAUAGCACGCAUGGAGUGCAUGGAGCGCAGAGCUUUAAGGGGCGCAGGAAGCUCUCCCUUUAGCUCCAUGCUCCUCCAUGUGAUCCAUGAUCCAUGCACUCCAUGCCAUGCGAGCUGUGAAACCUUAUAGAUUGCUCUGUGAUAAAAACAUCGUCACUAACUUAGAUUGCCGAUAGGUGAUUAAUAUGUUGCUCCCACGUCCCGUUCUUCACUGAGUGGGAAACUAUUAAUAAAAGAUAGGUUCCCUAACCCUAUUCCCUGGACCUAUGGCCUCCCUCUAAUCCCGAGUCAGACGGACAACACAAGAAGACAGCGAGCAAUGCGAAACUGCGAAAGUUUUUACCAGAUUACGAAUUCACAAAGUUUGAAGACGGCCUACAGAAAAGCUGCGAUUGGUUUGUCGAGAACUUUGAGAAAGCCAGGAAAUAGUGAUAGAGAGCUUUUUCAGUUCCUACGUGAGAAAGCCACGGUUUAGUUUUUCUCUUUCAGAUUAUUCUUAAUGAAAAUGGAUGCUAGAGGUACUUCGUAGUUGUAGAUGAAGUUGAAUGAAGUUUUUCGAUUUAGUAGUCUGCUCUUCAAGAACUUGUACUUGCAGCUGAUCUUCGUCAAUUAACUUUUUUAAUGCUAUUAAUGUAUCAUGUUCAUGUGUAAAAAUUAAAUGAAAAUGCUGCACCUUCAACCAACCUCAUCUUCAAACCUUCCGCCCAAUAUAGUAUCCUAUACACUCACCUACUUCAACAGUACUUAUAGCUGCUGCACUAGGACAUACUAGUAGACGCUUCUAAGGGUUCUAAGAAAAAUCAAAAUCGAACAUCCAAUCACAAGGUAUCAAGAUAUCCUCGUUUUCUUGCAAUCAACCCUUAAUGAAACAUCCCUCGCCGUUUUCACUGCUCUGUUGUAAAAUUCACAUACUAGUACACGACAUGGUACUAAGGAUCAAAAUAGAUCUCCAUUUUUGAGGCACAUUGUUCAUUGACCAUAAUUCAAGACUCAUCUACAACUUCUCAGACUCAGGACUCCACGUCUGCAAUCUCCUGUAUUCAUCUACACCACACUCAAAAUUCACUGCAGAAGAAGUAGAUGGGAUUUCGUCCUGUCUCUGUGAUGUCACCAAAGAUGAAGUACUUAUAAUAUAUGAUAGACUGGGGACGAUGCACAUGCAGCAGAUUUCUUGCUAUUCCAUGUGAUCCAUGCACUCCAUGCCAUGCGUCUUGCCUGGCGAUAACGG